AUGGGAAGAAACUGCAACCAGGAGACUGAAUUCCUUUUCACAGGACUCAUAGAUCGCCAAGUGUCUCAGAUCCCUCUCUUUCUGCUCUUCCUCGCAAUUUAUCUCAUCAGUGUGGUAGGCAAUGUUGGACUGAUCUUUCUCAUCUGGGUUGACUCUCGGCUUCACACCCCCAUGUAUUUUUUCCUUCUUUAUUUGGCUAUUGUUGAUCUCUAUUAUUCGACAGUCAUCACCCCCAAGAUCCUGUCUGAUUUUUUAACAGAUAAGAAAACCAUUUCUUACAUAGGAUGUGGGGUUCAGAUUUUUCUUUUUGAUGUCUUUAUUGUAACUGAAGGCUUCCUCUUGGCCAGAAUGGCAUAUGACCGUUAUGUGGCUAUCUCUAGCCCACUGCUGUAUUCGGUCAUCAUGUCCCCAAAACUCCGUGUAUGGUUGGUCGUUAGUUCCUUCUUAAUUGGGUGUGUAAAUGGAAUGACACAAACUGUGAAUAUGUUAGAUUUAUCUUUCUGUGGCUCCAAGGUCAUUGACCAUUUCUUCUGUGAUAUCUCCCCACUGAUAUCCCUCUCUGAGUCUGAUUCUACAAUCAAUCAGAUUAUUCUCCUUGCUUCAGCUACUCUAUUUGGACUGUCCAGUGGUGUCAUUGUUCUUAUCUCAUACAUUUUCAUGCUUUCCACCAUCCUGAGGAUUCAUUCCACUGAGGGCAAACGCAAAGCCUUCAAUACCUGCACCUCUCACCUUACAACUGUUAGCAUCUUCUAUGGAACUGCUCUCUUUGUAUUUUUAAAACCCAGCUCCAAGGACUCAAAGCCAGAGGACAAAUGGGCCCCAGUCUUCUACACAGUGGUGAUCCCCAUGCUGAAUCCCCUGAUCUACAGCUUGAGGAACAAAGAAGUGAAGGAUGCCCUGAGAAGAGUGAUAUCAAAGAAUAUAUUAUUGCAUAUUGUAAAUUAA